CCAUUCAUUCCCAGCCCCUUCCUCUGCGCUCCUUCCCCUUCCCCAGCGCCGUCGGUCCGGCCGCCUCCCCGCCCCACGCCGAGCGCCCGGCCGCGGGCAGGGCCCUCCGCGCCGCAGCCAUGGCCGCCGAGGGGGUGGACGAGCGCUCCCCGCUGCUCUCCGCGCCCGGCUCCGGCAAUGUCACCCCGACCGCGCCGCCCUACCUGCCGGACAGCAGCCCCCGAGCAGAGCUUCCUCCUCCAUACACUGCCAUUGCAAGUCCAGAUGCCAGCGGUGUUCCUGUAAUAAACUGCCGCGUGUGCCAGUCGCUAAUCAAUUUGGAUGGCAAGCUACACCAACAUGUGGUUAAGUGCACAGUUUGCAAUGAAGCUACGCCAAUCAAAAACCCUCCUCCAGGGAAGAAAUAUGUUAGAUGUCAAUGUAACUGUCUCCUUAUCUGUAAGGAUACGUCUCGGAAAAUAGGCUGUCCAAGACCAAACUGUAGACGCAUCAUUACUCUCGGUCCAGUAAUGCUGAUUCCAGAAGAGCAGCCAGCUCAGCCUGCCUUGCCAGUUCAACCAGAUGGAACUAGAGUGGUGUGUGGGCAUUGUGGAAAUACGUUCCUUUGGAUGGAACUGAGGUUUAACACACUAGCAAAAUGCCCACACUGCAAAAAAAUUUCAUCUGUUGGAAGUGCGCUGCCACGGAGACGCUGCUGUGCGUAUAUUACAAUUGGCAUGAUAUGCAUCUUCAUUGGCGUUGGAUUAACUGUUGGUACACAAGAUUUCGCCAGGCGAUUUCACGCAACAUAUGUUUCUUGGGCUGUUGCUUAUCUCUUAGGUUUAAUCUGCCUCAUUCGAGCCUGCUACUGGGGAGCCAUUAAAGUCAGUUAUCCAGAGCACAGUUUUGCGUAGAGAAAUUGUUAGGUUAUAGAUGAAUGUCUAGUAAUUCUGGAUAUUACAUCUUGGACACUUUUAAAACCUUUCCUGUAAGGAUUACAUUCUGUUCAAAGUAGUUUAAAGACUGGGGGUCUCUAAGAACAAAUGUUCAUUGCACUACAUAAUAUGCAAAUAGUUUGUUUUGCUGCUAGAUUCCCUAGCUCUGAAUACUAAAGCUGUGUUUACAUGUUCAUAACUCUGUCUUUAUAGGCGUUGAAUUUUAUUUCAACAGUCAGUAUUAAGUUUUACAUUUCCUUUGUUAUGUUAAAAUCCGUCUGCCAAUUUUCCAGAUGAUCAGUAAAAGUUCAAAAGCAAGAGUGUUUAUAAGUGUUUCUACAGUAGCUUCACAUUUGUACUUCACAUUUUAACUAAAAUUAUUCAAGUGGCUUGCUUUAAAACCUAAGCAAUAAGCAUUUUGCUUGAACUGCUUACUGUACCUUUUGCCUAAGAUCAUAGCGACCUUAUUCAGGAAAUGAAAGUUAUGGGUGUACUUUAAAAGACUGACACUGUUGCUAGAGAGACAUUUGUAAACACUGUAUGCUUGGAGAUUUUUCAGAUAGAGAGAUGCUAUUUUGGUAGUCCAAUUAAAUUUCCAUUUAUCCAGGAUUGGAUUUCAGUUAGGAUAAAUGCUUUCUUCUCAAGGAUCCUGGGAUUGAGCUUUUGGUUUUGGUGUUUGUUUGGGUUUUUUGUUUGUUUUUGUUUGGUGGGGUUUUUUGGGUUUUUUUGGUUUUUUUUUUUUGUGGGUUUUUUUAACUGGCAAAUCCUAAAAGCCAUGCUCGGAUUAUGGAACUUAACUCCGGUUAUUCGUGCAAGUUCCUUUACAGGGUCUAAGGGAAGCAUUUCAUAUGAAUUGGUUUGUAAUACUUCAGUGUCAUGUAGAUGACAAUAAGGUGGUGAUGGGUUUCCUCUUACUUUCUCUGAUCAUGUCAGAUUUUCCAUGUUUGGGAGACUUAUGACACUGGUCACUGCAAAGGGAGACACUGUAAAUUCUCAUUAACUGCUGUAAUAAGGAAAUGAGUAAACUGUUACUUGGACCAUUCCAUCCAGUACAUCUAGUCAAUUUAGCUCUGACUUGUCAAGAGAAUACGGAAACAGAAAGUUUUUUCUAAUGAUGUAUUCACAAAGGAUUGAGGGACCAGUUCUUGCACUGCCCAUCUUUAUAGUUUUAAACAAGUUUUUGCUAAAUUCAGAAGGAAUGUCCUGAGUGAUUUAGACAACUGUAGUAAUUUAGAUAAUGGGGUCAGAUGGGUAAAUUAAUAUGGAUGUUUCAGGGAUACAUGUAAUUUAAAUUAUCUAUGUUCCUGCUAAGUCAAAAUGAUAUUCGGAUAAGGAUUUUGGAGCACAAUAAAUGUAAAUGAUCAAACUGUAAAUGACCUGUCUUUGUAUGAUGCUAAAUGUAUAAAAGCAGUAGCUCAGGAUUACAAUGUACCUUUUACAAAUAAACUAAUAAAUAAAGAUUAUUAUUCAAACUUAA